AAAAAUUCCCCAAUUUCUUCAUCACUCCAUUUCCAUCUAAAUUCUAAUCAUCAAUCCCUAAUCCACCUCGCAAUCUCUCUUCUCUCUUUUCAAUUUCGUCGCAAAAAAUGGCUUCGGAGCCCUCUCCCUUCAUCGAAAGCCUAAUCAAUUCGAGAAACAGAGACAUCUCCCUCUUCCUACCCUUCCUCCUCGGCCUCAACGCUGCUGCGGCGGAGGAUUCUGGCAGCCCGCCUGACCGGAUCGUGCUAAUCAACCCCUUCACGCAGGGCAUGGUAGUGAUCGAGAGAAGCAGCAGCGAUAAUAGCAACAACUCAGGUUUUGAGUCCUUUCUCGAAGAAUUGUUCUCUCGCAAGAGCGGCCGGCCGCCGGCGUCAAAAGCGGCAAUUGAAGCUAUGGAGACCGUAGAAGUGGUGGUCGGCGAAGAAGAAGGCGGCGAUCAGUGCGUGAUCUGCUUGGAGGACUGGGAAGCUGGGGAGAAGGCGAAACGGAUGCCGUGCAAGCAUAGGUUUCACGGCGAGUGUAUAGAGAAAUGGUUGAGAAUUCACGGGUCCUGCCCCGUUUGUAGAUACGAGAUGCCGAUGGAUGACGAGAAGAAGAGGAGGAAAGAGAUUUGGGUGAGUUUUACGUUUGGUGGUGAGAGGAGAAGUGGUGAAACAGGGAGUGAGAAUGAUGGCGAUUCUAGUGAUUCCAGUUGAAUCUACUUGAUUUGUGUAUAUAUCUCUGGUUUUUGUGCAAAGUUAUUUGUUUGGUUGAUCGAAUUGGUGAAGAGAAAAAUUGAUUCAAAUGUUUUCAUUAGAUGAAUGCAAGCUUGGCUCUGAAGGUA